UGCAGCGCGCCGACCCAAUUCUGUACAUAUGUAAGCUCUUGGGUCCCUGCGUGUGAGCCGCCACUGGAAAUCGGGAUUCGUGGCUUGGAUCCUAUGCCAUUCACUCUCGAGGGGGUGUGUGCUCCUUUUAUCCCUAUAAUUAAUUCCUCGCCGCGCGUGCAACUGUUGAUGGUCAACAAAAUCGUCCAAAUUCACGAUACAGUUUGUCGACGGAAACAGUUGUUACCCCACCGGCACCUCCACCCCCGCAGACUGAUCCGAAGGAGCAGAUCGUUGCGUGCGCGCGCUCUAGCGGCCAUUUCGUCAUCAAACGCAACCAUGGCCGAGGAAAGCCGUCGUCGCUCUGGUAGCGGCGGCAGCGGCAACGGCAGUGACAAUGAGGACAAUGAGAAAACUCCCUUGCUGCAGAAUAUGGUUGCAGGCGUACCGCCCGUUUUUAGUGGAUUGAACAAGGAGCUUGAUCAACUCGUCGAGCAGCCUCAACUGGGGUCGAAAACGAGCUUUCCCCUUCCUCGGUUUGCAUUCGCGCGCAAAGAUGAGUCUGGGGUGAGGAGACCACAGGCUAUUGCUCAUCGAGGAUACAAGGCGGAGUUCCCGGAAAACACAAUGAGUGCUUUCCGCGGUGCUGUAGAUGUUGGAGCUGAGGCGAUCGAAACGGAUGUUCAUUUAUCCAAAGACGGUGUGGUAGUUUUAUCUCACGAUAAAGAUUUGAAAAGAUGCUUUGGGAGAGAAGAAAAUAUAAUCGAUUGCGAUUAUGAGUUUCUGAGUACACUGAGAACACUCCAGCAGCCUCAUGAGCAUUUGCCCCGGCUUGCGGAUUUGCUAGCAUACCUCGCUCAACCUGAACUCGAGGAUAUAUGGCUCCUACUUGACAUCAAACUCGAUAACGAUGCCGAUGAAGUUAUGCAACGGAUAGCAAGUACUAUUGGCAGCGUCGCUCCACUACCAAGCCGUCCAUGGCAGGAGCGCAUAGUAUUGGGAUGUUGGGCAGCCAAAUACUUACCUCUCUGCUAUCGAUAUCUCCCCGGAUUCUCAAUAUCUCACAUCGGCUUCUCAACCCUCUACGCAUCCUACUUCUUCGCCGUCUCCCACGUCUCCUUCAACAUGCUUCAGGGUACACUCAUGACGCCCUGGGGACGGGCAUUUAUUCGCAAAGCGCAACGCGAUCAGCGCCCAGUGUUUGCAUGGACAGUCAAUGACGACAGGCACAUGCGAUGGGAUAUCCGUCAUGGCCUAGAUGGAGUUAUUACUGAUGAUCCAAAGCGGUUCUUAGAGCUGCGCCAGGCAUGGAAUCCUGGCACGAAAGAUGGAGAUGGCUUUGGGGUCAAGAUGUGGUUACAAGUUGCGUGGAUCCAGAUUCUUGUCUUGGUGUUUGGGACUAGUUUUUAUCGGAAGUAUGGGUUGAACGUCGGGAAAGAGCUGGUACAAGUGAGGGACACGAAAUAA